AAACUCAAAAUAAAGCAUUUUCUGCGGCGUCUUUCUUCGCGAAGUGGAACAGUGGUUUUGAUUUGAUUGUGGAAAAGUGCAUAUUUUGCUGAGAAAUAUCCAUUUUACAGUUUAAGUGUUUCAAUCGGGGACUAGCAAAAUGUCCAAUCUUGACGAUCAGUACAACACCUUCAUGGAGGAGUUGGAACAGAAGCCGGAUGUUCGUCAGCUGGGUUUCCUUCAUGAAGACAUUGAUGAUGAUGAUCCGAUGCGAGAUGUGAGAGCGAUGGCGGAAGCCGAAAGGCGGAAUAAUCGACGGAUGCGGAAUCCGGCUGCUUUGGCCCCUCGUGCCAUGGACCAAUCGGAAGGGCAUGAACGGAUGGAAAUGGAUGCGGAUGGGCCCAUAACGGAGCUGAACCCGAACGACAUGAACCGCAAGGUUUUGGUGAUGAAAAGCGGCGAAAUGGAGAUUGCCUUGGAACCGGAAAAGGCACUGGUUUAUACGUGUUUUAAUACAACUUACGAUAGGGCUUCUCUAAAUCGGGCCGAUGUUUGGCAUCAGAUUAUGGUGCACCAUGACGGGAAGUAUCGGAAGGAGGAAAUCUUGGACGCGCUUUUUACGGUCAUCAGCACCGACGAUUUCUACCCGGUAGCCUAUCGAGAGCACACAAAUAUCGAUUACUUUUUGGUACGGCUUUGCAGCAAGGCACUGGUAAAGCUAUUCGAUAAGAAUUUGAAACUUCCGAUGCCGGGCUCUUCGGAUCCGUUGAAACUGACCGUUAAGCUGAACAUUGCCAAGUACAUACAGGGGCAAAUCUAUCCGAACGGGAAGAUCUUUUCGGCGGUAGCUGAACGCUGCGACAAUGCCGGUUUGUACGGAUUCUCAAACAUGUUGAACUUGGACUGCUUCCGCAACCACGGAGAUUUCGAGGAACUCAGCGUUUUUCUUGGAAAUCGAGCCCAUUUGGAGCUGGUUUGCAGUUCCAUAAACAGAUUAGACGAAAUACGGGCCAAGAUCAACGCAAUCAAACUGACCAACAACAGUAUUGCUCACAUAUCGCCGCUGGUGGCCAUCAAAGAUCUGCCUAUUCAAACGCUGGAUUUGCGUUUUAAUCGGAUCAAGCACCCGGCUUCGCUGAGACCGCUGAAGGGCUGCAAUAUCAAUGAGCUGUACAUCGAAGGCAACGGGAUUGUGGAUGUGCCUGGGUACAUGGACGUCCUAAAGGAGUAUUUCCCGAAGAUCAUCAAAAUUGACCGCACAUUCCUGGGGGCAAAACCAAGGAAGCAACAGAAAGUGGUGGCAGCUGCAAAUCGUAUCGGCGGAGACGACGAGGUAGAAGUGACCUCAACUGCCGGCGAGGUGUUUGCCAGCAUAAACGGCGUUGUUCGCAAUGCAAGCGAUUUCAAAAAGUACAAAUUCAACACGAAGUGGCACCAGGUAGUCGUUUCACACGAUGGCCGCUACGACAAAGCGGAGAUUUUGGAGAACCUGUUUACCGUGCUGGAUGGCUUCGAUUUCUAUCCGUGCUACUAUCGAACCUAUUCCAAGCAGGACGAGUUCUUCGUGAUCAAUUGCUAUGAAGCGCUGGCCUUUUUGGUGCAGUCCAAGCUGGCACUUAAAAUGAAAAGUAGCAGCGAGUACAUUUCUAUUGUGCUGAAAAUGGACAUGGCAGAGUUCAAGGACGGACAGGUCGUGGUGGAGGAGAAAUUGAACUUUGCGCUUCAAUGUCAAUUUAACGAUCGUUGUCUGGAUUUGUGUAACUUCCAGCAGGUUCUGGACCGGAUCAAAUUCGUGGAUUUCAGCGUGAAGAGCACCCGUACUCUGUCGACAAUCCUCACCUUGGCCGGUAGGAAAUACGGAGUUGCCUGUUUGAUUCUUCGCCUGCGACAUAAUGGAAUCCGCAAUUUGGGAGCGUUGUCAUCGUUGAUUUCCUACCCGAAACUGAUUGCACUGGAUUUGCGGUUCAAUGAUAUUCGCACCUUCGACGACCUACAGGGUGUCAUCAAGAACAAAAUCAAGGAAGUGUUCCUAGACAACAACCCGGUGUGCAAUGCGGCCGAAACCGGUGUGGAGUACAUUCGCAAGGUGAGAACUUUCUUCCCGGCGAUGGAAAAGCUCGACGGCAUCCCGCUGCUCGACAACGGCAAUGUGAACUUUUCGCAAAACUUUAUCUGCACACCGGAAGCGUACAAGUUCACCGAAUCGUUUGUCAAGCACUAUUUCUCCAUCUACGAUUCGUUCCAACGGUCCAGCUUGAAGGAUCUGUACCACCCGAAGGCACAGUUCUCCAUGACCAGCAAUUUCAGUCAGUCGAAAACAAUGGACUCGCAUCAGGUGCGUCUGAAUGCCUAUCAAGGUAAAAGCCGGAAUCUACUCCGAUUGGCCAACAUUGACCGGGCCAUCAGCAGCCUGGUGGUGGGAAGCGAACGCAUUGCCAACGUUUUGGUCUCUUUCCCCAAGACGGAACACGAUUUCUAUUCGUUCCGCGUAGACACACCCAUCUUCCGGCCGGAAUGUGUGGUCAUCACAGUUCAUGGUGCCUUCAAGGAGAUGGCCAAUUCCUUGCUGAGUGAUGACUUUGUGCUGGGAUUCACUCGAACGUUUUACAUUCAACCCUGUGCCAAGGGUCUUGGCAUUUUCGAGAAGGCUAUCGAGUUCAAAAUCUACAACGACCUGUUCCACAUGUACAACCUGACCACAUACGGGCGGGAAAACGUAUUCAAGCAUCAUGACGAACCAGAAGUGGCUGAUCCGUUUGUGCCGCACAGCGAAGAACGCGAAAAUACAAUUAUCGUAUUCCAGGAGCUCACUCGUCUCAAUCGUAAGUGGUGUAUGCGUUGUUUGGAGGAAUCUUCCUGGAAUCUGAAGGUGGCGCUCAACAUCUUCCUCAAGCUGUACGAGGAAGAUCGCAUUCCCGAGAAUGGCUUUGACACGACGCUCGGUCAGAAGCGUUAAGUUAAUGUAAAUUUUAAAUUAUGCAUUCGCUUGUGCGAUUGUGGACUAAAUGUUUGUAUUGGAUGUAGUUGUGAUACCUCUACAGAACAUUCUUCAAUCAUCCUACGCAUUGUAGGGUUCAUCUUCAAUUCUCCUUUGCUUUGUCAUAGUCUUUUUGAGGUACUUCUUAAAAUUGUGUAUUGUACCUACUAUAACAACCCUUUUAAUCCAUUUCAUGGUAAAAUUAUGGAUUUGUCGAGGUGUCUAUAAAAUAAUAAAUUUAAAGUACAUCUUACAUACAUUUAUUUAAA